CUCAAGAUCUUUGUCAUAAUGGAAACAAAAAAACUGAUUGGUAAACCGCUUCAACCAGCAAGACCUGUUCGUCAUCUGACUUCUCCGUCUGGGGUAGUGUUUCCCUUCAACUUUCAAAAUGAAUAUUCAUGCAAUACUCAGUGCUUACAAAGUGGAGUUGGAAGAUGUAAGACCAAUGGAAUGCAAGCCUUUCCUCAAGGUCUUAAUGAAAAGCAGCAACAUCAGUCUCCAGUUAAGAAAGAAAGAAUUAAAUACAGUAGAGAUUUCCUGUUGAAGCUCUCAAGUGUUUCCAUCUGCAGAAUAAAACCAGACUUUCUGCCCGAUCAUCCCAUUGUACUUCAAAAACCAGAAAACAACCAAAGUUUUAAUUAGCAUUUUAAGAACAGACAAAUUUGAAGAUACAGAAUUAUUUGUUUUAUAUUUUGGACACCGACAAAUGAAGUGGAUCUAGUAAUAAUAACUGCAACGGAUUGGCUAUCCAAUUUAUUUUUAAUUUUGAUGGUUGACUAUUUGGUUUUUCCUAAGAUGAGAAAGAUAUUUUAAGCUAUAAGGAAUUUUCUAAUCAGUUUCAGCUUUGCAGGCAGUUACCGGAAUAAAUAUGGAAGUGACACUGGAAAGUAAAAAUUGUGUUAGUGAAGUGGGAAGACUGUAAUUUGCAUGCUACUUGCAAUUUUUUUCUUUUUCAUCACUUGUAAUAAUGGAAUGGAAAAGCAAGCUGUAAAGAUUCUCAAAUAUAAAGUAUUUGCUACAACAUAUA